AUGCCGAGGCCGGGGCCCCCUCCUUCGGCGCUGCUGCUCCCCGGCCUCCUCGGCCUCCUCGGCCUCCUCGGCCUCCUGGUGCUCUGCCCGCGCCCCGCCGCCGCCGCCGGCCACGACCCCCCCCAGCUGCCCAUCCGGCCCGAGAAGGACCCGCUGCCCGCCCGGGGGUCGGCAGGUUGUUCCUUCGGGGGGAAAGUCUAUGCCCUGGAGGAGACGUGGCACCCGGAUCUGGGGGAGCCCUUCGGGGUGAUGCGCUGCGUGCUGUGUGCCUGUGAACUGCCACCGCGGGGUCACCGGGGGAAAGGCCCGGGCCGGGUCAGCUGCAAGAACAUCAAACCCGAGUGUCCGGUCCCGGCCUGCGGUCAGCCCCGUCUGCUGCCCGGGCACUGCUGCCACUCCUGCCCCCAGGAACUGACCACUCCGGAAAGAACCGCGGCCUUGGCCUUCGAAUAUCCCCGGGACCCGGAGCAUCAGAGCUACAGCGCCCGCGGAGACCUUGGGCCCGAGGAGCGAGGUCGGGAGGACGGGCAUACGGACUUUGUGGCCCUGCUGACUGGCCCCGAAUCCGGAGGUGUGGCCCGAGUCCGUGUUUCGCUUCUCCGCACCGGUCUUCGCUUCUCCCUGACCUACCGCCGGCUGGACCGACCCACCCGAGUCCGCUUCACUGACCCCAGUGGCAAUAUCCUCUUUGAACAUCCAGCUCCCCCAGCCCUGGAUGGAAUGGUGUGUGGCGUGUGGCGGGCCCUUCCCCGCCCAUCCCUUCGACUCCUGCGGGCAGAGCAGCUGCAUGUGGCACUGGUGACUCCCAACCACCCGGAGGGUGAGAUCCGAGGGCCCCUCCACCGUCACCGGGGGCUGGCUGCAGAGACCUUUAGUGCCAUCUUGACAUUGGAGGGGCCACCCCGGCCUGGCACGGGGGGCAUUGCCCUGCUCACCCUGAGUGACACAGAGGACUCCCUGCAUUUCCUGUUGCUAUCCCGGGGUUUGCUGGACCGUGAGGAUGCGGGGCCUGUCCAGAUUCCCUUGAAGCUGCAGAUCCUGCAUGAGGGCCAGCUGCUCCGAGAGCUCCGUGCCAAUAUUUCUGCCCAGGAACCUGGCUUUGCUGAGGUGCUGCCCGGCCUGACACCCCAAGAGAUGCAGUUGCUGGCACAAGGGAAGCUGCAGAUCGCCUUGGAGAGGGAGGGUGGCCCAGGGCACCGGAUCAGUGGGCUCAUUAUGGCCAGGCAGAGUUGUGACAUGCUGCAAAGUGUUCUCUGUGGUGCCGAUGCCCUGACACCGACACAGACCGGAGCUGCCGGGUCUGCCAGCCUCAGCCUGCUGGGGAAUGGUUCCCUGCUCUACCAGGUUCAGGUGGUGGGCACGAGCAGUGAGGUGGUGGCUGUGACCCUGGAAACUAAGCCUCGCCGAAAGAACCAGCGCAGCGUCCUGUGCCGGAUAACAGGGACUUCCCGCGGCGGGGCCAGUGUGGCUAAGGGUAUCUGUCCAGGGUUAGGUGCCCGCGGUGCCCACAUGCUGCUUCAGAAUGAGCUGUUCCUGAGUGUGGGGACCAAGGACUUCCCCGAGGGAGAACUCCGUGGGCACGUCACCACUUUGCCCUACACUGGGCACAGUGCUCGCCGGGAUGUGUUGCCGGUGCCCUUGGCGGGAGCCCUGGUGCUGCCUCCAGUGCGCAGUGGGGCAGCAGGGCACGCCUGGCUCUACCUGGAUGGGCACUGCCACCUGCACUAUGAGGUCUUGCUAGCUGGGCUCAGUGGUUCUGAGCAGGGCACCGUGACUGCCCACCUCACCGGCUCCCCUGGACUCUCCGGGCCUCGGCGACUUCUCAAGGGAUUCUACGGUCCUGAGGCCCAGGGAGUGGUCAAGGACCUGGAGCCGGAGUUGCUGCGACACCUGUCCCGAGGGACGGCCUUCCUCUUGGUCAGCACCAAGGGCAGCCCACGCGGGGAGCUGCGGGGACAGGUGCACAUCCCCAACCACUGUGAGGGCGGUGGCCUGAGGCUGACAGCCGCAGUGUCUGGCAUGGUGAGGCCCUUCCAAGUUCCCGUGGCAGAGGGACCCAAGACUGCUGGGCCCGCGGUCCCCAUGGCAACGCCCGAGUCCUCGGCCUCUCUGGCGUCCAGGCCUAAUGGAGGGGGGCGCCUCCGGGACCCCAGCCACUGCUUCUUUGAGGGACAGCAGCAUCCACAUGGUGCCCGUUGGGCCCCCAACUAUGACCCCAUCUGCUCUCUCUGCACUUGCCAGAAACGCACGGUGAUCUGUGAUCCCGUUGUGUGCCCCCUGCUCAACUGCCCACGCCCCGUGCAGCCCCCAGACCAGUGCUGCCCCGUCUGCCCUGAGACACUGGACCUCCAAGUCAGGGAGGGGUUGGAACAGAGCCGGGACCCUGGAGAAGGCUGCUACUUUGAUGGCGACCGGAGCUGGCGAGCCGCGGGCACCCGUUGGCACCCCGUGGUGCCACCUUUCGGCCUCAUUAAGUGUGCUAUCUGCACUUGUAAGGGAGCCACGGGGGAGGUUCAUUGCGAGAAGGUGCAAUGUCCCCGUCUGACCUGCUCUCAGCCCAUUCGUGCCAACCCCACUGACUGCUGCAAACAGUGCCCAGAGGGGUCAGGGCCCCAGGCCCAGCUGGGGGACCCCAUGCAGGCAGAUGGGCCACGGGGCUGCCGCUUUGGGGGGCAGUGGUUUCCGGAAAGCCAGCGCUGGCACCCGUCUGUGCCACCUUUUGGGGAGAUGAGCUGUGUCACCUGCUGGUGCGGGGCUGGAGUGCCGCACUGUCAGAGGGAUGACUGCCUGUCCUCCUCCUCCUCCUCCUCCUCCUCCUGUGGCUCGGCGAAGGAGAAGACGUGCUGCUCCCGAUGUCCCCCACAGACCCCAGCACUAGGAAUGGCACCAGAGUCGGAGCCGGAGAAAGCAGUUGGGAACUCCUAGGAAGCAACCUGGAGACAGGAUGGCCACAGGAGGCCGGCAGCUGGGCUGCUGGGAGGGAGCCGGGCACUCGUUUUCACCAAUGGGAUAACCACUGUCUGCAUAAUGCCCUACCCUGCCGGGCUCUCUGGGACCUCAGACCCUUGGGGUGGGGGGAAGUGCGGCAAAGGGGUACCCUCGCACUCUAGCCCCAAGUGAAAACAGCACCUGGGUAGCCUCUCCCUUUCCCUUUCCCCCAGACCUUCAGCCCUCAGGCUCCCAACCCCACCAAUCCCCUGGAGAUCCCAUCUUCUCCCUCCCUCUCUUGCUCCUUGGCCCCUGUACAUAGUGACACUGGCUUGUUGGGAUUUUUAAUUUAUCGUCACUCAACAUCAAGGGACCAUCUCCCUGUCUCCCUAUGGUCCCCAUGUUGAGCAGAGUCAUUAUUGGAGAUUUCUGUAUUUAUUAAAAACCAAUCUCUUUC